AUGGGGGGACAGACGGCCCAAACUGCCAAAGCGAACAGCAUCACGGUGACCAACGUUGCGCUUCAGCCAUCUCGCCACCAGAACCGGGCAGUCGCCGACCAUCUUUCGCCUCGCAACAGACCAACGGAGACCAUGCCGGCCUACAACUCCGUCUUCAACAGCGAUCCCGCCAUUGCGGAGGGCCGCAUGGUGGGCAACAUACCGCUGCUGCCGCUGCGCACCAAGACGCGCGGGCCAGCCUACGUGCUCCCGGCCGCGGUGCCACCGCUGCCGCUGAGCGAGGCGCCCGAUCCAGACAGCGAGAGCUACGACAUCCUGGACGAGAUCCUCGCCCUCUUUCGCGCCAACACGUUCUUCCGCAACUUUGAGAUCCAGGGCCCGGCUGACCGGCUGCUCGUCUACGGAAUCUGGUUCGUCAGCGACUGCCUGACCAAGAUCAAGCCGGGUGCCAGCCUGCGCGAGGCCACCAAGGACGUCACCAAUCUGGCGCUCGACACCAACUUUGCCAUUCCGGGCGACCCGGCCUGGCCGCUGAACCAGAUGUACGAACCGCCACGAGACCGACAGGAGUCCGAAGUCCUUCGACAGUACCUCUCACAGGUUCGCCAGGAACUCGCUCAGCGGCUGCUCGCACGCGUAUACGAUGCCGAGGGCGACGGCAAGCCCAGCAAGUGGUGGCUCAGCUUCACCAAGCGGAAGUUUAUGGGCAAGGCUCUGUAG